GUCAAAAUACAGUCUUCUAUUUUUGUUUUUUUUAUAAAUAAAUUUAAGUGUUUCAUACUUUAAAAUUUCAAAAUUUAUUAAAGCAAAUUGCUCUAACGAACAUUUGUUUCCGAAACUCAUCCUUCCACCGAUUGUAGAAACGCAAGAGUAAACUGAGGAAAGUUGUACGCUGACGAUAAGGUCAGCAGUUAACAUUAAGACCACCGGCAAACGCAAGCAAAAGAAAGCUCUAAAGAAGUUAUGAAUAUGACGAAGUGCUGUAAGGAUUGCGAUCGUCUGCAGCCACGCUCCUCGGGCAGCGCUCCCGUGCGUCCGGAAUUUCAGCAGCCAACCAUGUACGAUCACUUUCAGAAUUUUCAACGUUUCAAAUUGCAGAAACAAGAAGAGCAAGCCAUCGAGAAGCGUAAAGAAGAGCUGCUCAAAAUGAACACGAAUUUUACCAAUUGGAAUCCGAGCUGCAACAAAGACAUGUUCGAUGAGUUUAGUACGCAGGACGUAGCAUUAUUUCGGCAGCAAAUUCGUUUAGCGCAAAAUGGUGAGCGUUCAAUGCUUGAGAGCCUAUCCGCAGUCACUGAAGCGGCUGCUUCAAGCACGGGUGAUACCGCGACUGCAACCGUUACGGGUACGGGCACGGGCACAGGCGCAGGCACUGGCACACCGGGUGACAAGUCUCUGAAGAAGAAAGACUCUCUACUGACUAUCUCGCGCACACCAGUCGUAUGUCCGAUUGGCGCUUGUGGACGCACCAUAGGCGUGACGUCCGUGCUCUCGCAUUAUCUGCGCGACCACAGCGAAGAUUUCGGUGUACAAUGUCAGGAGAUUUAUGGUGGCAAACGUUCGGUGUUAGUUUUUGAUGCCACUACAUUGGAAUUUCGUGACAAUGUCUGCUUGGGUGUGCUGGCGUAUGGUGGCGUAAAGGAGAAGUGCUCAGAUCCGCCUGCACUACGUGGCAUUUGCAUACACAACGCCUUUCUACCGAAGCCGCACGAACAUCUCGACGCGCACUUGCCCAUUCUGAUUAUGGCUUGUCGCACCUCGUGGAGUGCGCUGCUGGAAGACAAGGAGCUCGAGACUAAAAUAACAAAACUGGAAAAUGUGAAUCAACACCUGCUGGUCCUUUGGCUGGUGAGCGUGCAGUCCACCAAGCCGAUACAUUGCACCCUAACGGCCUACGAUAAGACGAUGACGUCAUCGCGCAGCAUUAUCGCACAAGUGCGCCAGCUGAACGAGUCGCAAAACCCGAGUGAGUUUCUCGUUAACGAUGUGAAUAGUUUGCGUUUGAAUUGCGGCGAAAUCAAUAUGCUCUCACAUAACGGCAACGAAUGCAUUCAUCUGGAGGUUAUGAUCAACGAAUAUGAUCAAUAAAAAAUUAUUUCUUGAAUAUUCUUAUUUACGCAAAGAUUGCAAGAAAUGAAGCAGUAGACAUACAUGUGUGUACGUGCGUUGCGUGUUUCUUUCAUAAA